GAGAAUCAGUUUUAGUGCACUUUUGCUGCUGGACUUGGUUGGUUGGGUGGUAGGGUUGGGUGCUGCUCGAUAAACGAUACACGAUAAAUAUUUACAUCUUCUAUUUGAUCAGUUACUAAAAAGAGGAGAAGUGUGGUGGGUGCGACGGCGACCACAACGACGACAACAACCCCUCCUCCCCUCGUACUUCCAGCCAGCAUCGCCACGAUGACGCUCGCCCUCGACGACACCGACGAGUACGAGUCGUUGCCGUCGGGCAGUGUUAUCACUCACAUGAUUGCCGGGGCCAUCGCUGGAACGGCGGAGCACUGUGUCAUGUACCCUUUAGAUUCGGUUAAGACUAGGAUGCAGAGUCUGGUGCCGACGCCGGGGGGCGAGUAUCGAGGAGUAAUGAACACGUUGACCCAGAUGGUUCGCACAGAAGGCGUCUUCCGACCGGUGCGCGGCAUGAGCGCCGUGAUGAUUGGAGCGGGACCUGCUCAUGCUUUAUACUUUUCUUGUUAUGAACGAAUUAAGGAAAUUCUGGCAACCCACACGGCUGCUGCCGGUUUUAAUAACUUAAUCUACGUUUUCCCUAUUUCAGGGGCCGCUGGCUGCCUCGCAACGCUGUUUCACGACGGAAUCAUGACACCAGCAGAUGUCGUGAAACAGCGUAUGCAAAUGUAUAAUAGUCCAUACAAAUCGUGCUGGGACUGCGUUAAAAAGACUUAUCACACGGAAGGCGCACAUGCAUUCUACAGAUCAUACACAACACAACUAGGAAUGAAUAUCCCCUUUCAAAGUAUCCACUUUAUGGUCUAUGAAUUUAUGCAGAGGAUAACAAAUAAGGAGAGAAGGUACAAUCCCAAGGCUCAUAUGGUGUCUGGAGCUAUGGCCGGUGCUAUUGCUUCUGCUAUUACCACUCCAUUAGAUGUUUGUAAGACGCUUUUGAACACUCAAGAGAGAUCUGCUCUGAAUACACUGGGAAGGUCGCAAAUCAGCGGACUUGCUGUGGCCUUCAAAACCGUUUAUAGGUUGGGUGGUCCCAAAGGAUAUUUUCAGGGGCUCUCUGCUCGUGUUUUAUACCAGAUGCCAUCAACUGCUAUUUGCUGGUCAGUUUACGAAUUUUUCAAAUUCGCAAUGGGUGCUCAUGAGGUGGAAACUCCCCCUGCUGCUCCUUCAUCCAGUGGACAUGUUAUCGAUUGACAAUAAAAUACGACCCACGCAAUUGUUUUCCUAACUAAUUAAUUAAAUCAAUAGAAUCUAUAAAUAUAUAUAAAAAAUAUAGCUAAAUAUAUCUACGUCAUGACUUCGAAAAUAAACGUGCAGUGUGGAUACCCCCUUCAUUACCGAUUUUUAUGUAUCUUACCUGUACGAUAUCCUGAAAAGUUCUCAUCAGGCAACCGUACUGGCUUAUUUCAAUCCUAUUAUCGAGAUAAUAUAUUUGAUGAAUUUCCAAUCUAUGUUUUAGAUCAAUGUCUUUUUGUACAAUUCAUCAUAUUUUAAGCAGUAUGUCCUUGUAUAGCUCGUCUAGUUUUCAAAUGCGGAAUUCAAUUAUUUCUCUCUAUCUAUCUACACGUAUUCAUAGGGUACUUAUGAUUAAUUCUGUUUUUAAGGGAUCCGCCUUCUAUGUCACUCGUAAAAGUACCCAGUGAAUAAACUAUUAUCAUAUAGAGUCAUUCCUUACUCGACAUUGACAAUCUAGAAAAAAGGAAAGCAAAUUCUGCAUUAUUAUUUAGCCAUGAUUAAUUAAAUUUAGGCAAGCUUCGAAGGUAGAAAUUAAAAUCGUAAAUUUUGGGUUGAAUAUAUUUAGUAAAUAUUUGUGUUGUCAAAAUUGUGCAGCAAGCCCUCUGCCAUUUGACAUGUUGAGUUCAAUUCAAUGUCAGAGUCCCCACUGCGAUUAAGGAAUUGGUCGUGAAUUGUAUCAGCCCCCAACCAACCAAGGUCUUGAUUCAUGCCACCACCUUUCCACACAAAUGUACUCGUAUUAGUCCUCUCGUCGUCGUCCUUCCCAUCUUGUUACGUAAUGAUAUAUAUAUCACGAACUACACUACUUGAGCAACCCAUCAGAAUAUAUUUUUAAAUCCAAGCCAGCAAGCCAAGAAAGAAGGAUUCGUUACAUGUAUGUACACCAUAAAGAGUUGUUUAAAAAUGUGUGUACCUGAAAUGUAUGCAUGAUUUAAUAAUAAUCUUUAAUAAAAUUCAUGUGUGAACUUAUUAUAAAAGAAAA